GUUAGGUCUAACAACAUCCGGUAACCCCUCUUACCACAACAUCAGCUGUUUAGGCCAAGAUGGCGCAUAGCCUGGCAGAGUUGGAGGUUCCCCUGGACUCCAGACACCAGAGCGAAGACCACGGGAAAGGUAUUUUAAGGCGUUGCAGAGGACGACCCAGGCUAACAGACUCCGAUCGAGCCAAGAGACGGCUUGAAUCCCGAAAGAAGUACGACGUGAGGAGGGUGUACCUGGGAGAGUCACACAAGCUGUGGAGUGAGCUCCGCAGGCGUACUAGUCUGAGUGAUGCUGGACUUGCAGAGUAUCUGAUCCUGCUCAAUUCCACAUAUGGAGAAAAAUACCAACAGGACAACUGCGGGAAGAAGCUCGUUACAGAAGUCUCACAAAAACAGAGAAAAGGCAGGAAAGAGCGUGUGUCCAGUCUACAGAGCCUAGUGUGUUGGUAUCAGGAGCACUCCUGCUCUUGCCCUCAUGAGCCCCAGCUCAGAGCCAUUGAGCCCCAGCACAACUCCUCUACUGCUGCCAUCUGGCAAUGUGACUCCAACCACUCAUUUGUGCAAUACCUUUUCUCUCCACUGAAGGAGGCAAGUGACUCUGAACAUGAGGAGGAAGUGAAUGGAGAGGGUGAUGGAGAGGAGUCAGCAAAAGUAGAUGUGCCCAUGGUCACUCGCUUCAUAGGCACUAGAAGAAGAAAGAUGGCUCACACUCGUUUUAAAGAUCUGGAAAAAAAUGAAGAUGAUACCGAGUUACAACUUGCGACUAUGAGCCCAAUUGAAGAUGCUGCAACUCUGAACCAUCCUUCCAGUAUAGAGGCUUCUUCCAAGGAUGUCUCACAUACAGGGCAGCCUGUCUGGGAAGUUGGGAUGGUCAUGGAGCCAGAGCAAGGCUCCCCUGCUGCAGAAUUUCACUGUGUCCCUUCAGAGGAGGAGGAGGAGGAGGAGGAGGCGGCGGCGGCACAGGAUCUGAGGCAAGGCAGAGAUGAGGGAGAAGAAGAAGAAGAAGAUGAUGAUGAAGGAAUACGGACUAUAACGCACGGUUAUGAGUGUAUUGCUGUGACGGCGUCUAUGACUGAUAAACCUGAGAAGACACAUGAGAACUCUAGGUGCUCUAGAGGGUCAGUCAGACUGGGCACUCAACCGGGGCUGUCAUUGCCUUCAUCUGUACAGGUUCAAGAGCAGAGCGAGCUGUUUGACCCGCAGACUCUGCAGACAGUAGUGACCAGCUGUGAUAUUACUGACCACAGGCCGGCUUUGGAAGGCUCACAGUUAAUUAUCAUCACUGGCCCCAGCUAUGAGGCCUUGACUUCAGAGGGCAUCCAACUCAACAUGGGUGGUGGAAAUGUGGAGGAAGUCACUUGCACUGUUAUUGGGGGUGUUACCUACAACCAGGUUUGUGGGCCCGACUCAGAACUAAGGUCGGCAGAGGAUGACGACUUCAUUACAGGUUUGAGUGACAAACAGCUGCUGCAGCCUGCUGUUGAUGUUUUGGAGCUGGGAAGUAACAGAGAGCUGCAGCGGAGUUUGAGCAGGUCAAAGAGGCACAGGCGAGGCCCUGUCAUUGAGGCAGAUGGGAUGCUCAAGAUGUUCCACUGUCCAUAUGAGGGCUGCAGUCAAGUAUAUGUUGCGAUUAGCAGCUUUCAGAAUCAUGUCAACCUAGUUCACAGGAAGGGGAGGACCAAAGUUUGUCCGCAUCCAGGAUGUGGAAAAAAGUUUUACCUAUCAAAUCAUUUGCAGCGCCACAUGAUCAUCCACUCAGGGGUAAGAGAUUUCAUCUGCGAGACAUGUGGGAAAUCUUUUAAGCGUAAGAAUCACCUGGAGGUUCACAGACGGACUCACACAGGAGAGACACCACUCCAAUGUGAGAUUUGUGGCUACCAGUGUCGCCAGCGGGCAUCCCUUAACUGGCACAUGAAGAAGCACACUCCAGAAGCCCACUACAACUUCACCUGUGAGUUCUGCGAGAAGAGGUUUGAGAAACUGGACAGCGUUAAAUUCCACAAGCUAAAGAGCCACCCAGACAAGCAGGCGACCUGACGAGGCUUUCAGACUCUGGUGAUAGGAGCUAAACAAGAACAGGUUGGACCUCAGAAAUCAAAGGACAACCUCCAGGGGAGAGACUUAGCUUCCAUUGCUGUGUCCAAGGUGAUAAGAUUAUCUCCUGUAGACACACGCAGUUAUACAAGCAGAAGUGGCACUGUCAAACAGCUGUGCAGGACAUCAGCUGGUCAGAAUAUAGGGCUUAAACAUGUUUUUUUAUAUGCAGUUUUUGAUGCAGUCAGAAAAAAAAACAGUCCACUGCUGAUUUAUGAUGUCCAAUGACUGCUCUCAAAACCCCUCCACCAAACAUCUCUUACAAGUAGGUACAACUUUUUUUAUAUAUAGCUUUGGACUACAAUGCAUGUUGAAGAAGUGUGCAGGGCCAUAGAAAGUAUACUCUGUGGGGAAUACACUAAGAAUGGAUUGCUGCUGUUAAUAGCACCAAGAAUUGUGACUCAUCUGUUCCCACUAUCACCUCUAUCUUAAGGUCUAACUCACAAAGCAAAUUGCUCUUAUGUUAUAGAUAUUCAAGUGCAAAAUCUGCAACACAGUUCUGCAGCUCUGUUUGCUCCACUUUUGCACCCGAUCGUGACUGGGAUGAGCUUCCUAAUCUCCACUCUGUCUCCGGAGCAUGUGAGAGCAACUCCGUUGGUGGAUUUGAUUCAUGACAUAUGUGACACACAUUUUACAGUUAAUAACCAACGUACUCCCUGGAGCGAGCUAGCAAAAAUAACGUAAUAGCACAGCUUGGUGGAUGGGUCUCAGACAGCUCCAGAUUUAUUUAAGCCUUGAUUAUUUUAAUAAUAGUAAUGAUUUAAUAGUAAUAAUAGUAAUGUCAAAGUAAUAUGGAAUUGAUCACGGAAAAGUUUUGGCAUACUGCGACGCAGUUACCAACAGUUCUCAGCAGACAGUAGAUAUUUCACUCUAACUGCACGGGGCUGUCAUCGCCAGGAUUAGUGAAUCACGAGUUAUUUGCAGUGAGGCUCAUUUAAAAAGAAAAGGGCCUGUUUUGCUCCAAAUGAAAGCGUAAUGGCCCAUUUAAAUGUAUGCAAACAACACUGACUCGCAGAGAUGCUAUUUGAUCUGCAGCGCAGUUUGUGGAGCAUUAAACCCUUUGCCUGUACUAAUUGCGGGUGCAAAAGCUGUGCAAUCCUUAAGUGAAUCGGGCCCCUAAAGAUUCUAUUUAAACCAUUUAAACCAUUAUCACACAAGCAAAGGGAUAAGGAAUUGAUUCAACUAUGUAUGCACAUGCUCAAAUGUAAGCAAAACAAAUUAAUUUGAUCAGUUUGUAUAAACAACCUGAUGUUACUUCCAUCGGUAGCAUUAUUCCAAACUACUUAAUAUUAUGAUGUUACAACAAAAUAGUCGUGUUCACGCCAGCCCAUUCAUUCUUUACUGUUUCCCCACUGUGUAGGAGCUGGUCCACAAUGCUACAAAAGCAGGGUAUCCUAAUGUUAGCGCUCCUGACAUUAGCUCCUGACAAAGUUUGUAUUCCAGUAAAGCCAUCUUCUUAUACAACAUAGUGUUUUGUACACAAACACAUUGGUUACUUCACAUAAAGCCUUUUCACUUGUAAUACCAAAAGUGGCACAUACUGUUUAAAAAUAAGAAUAAAACAUAACCAUGGUUUUAACAUUUUAUUUGCAACAUAGUCACCAUUAAGUUUCCAAGGCACAUUGGGUUGAUGGUAAAAGAAACAGUGGUUAUUUUGUAAUGGUUGUUAAGACAUUUUGUAACAUGAGAUAUCAGAAUACUUGAAAUUGAGACUGUUCAAUUGAUUUUUUUUUUCUUUCUUUACCAUAAUGUAAGCCCUUCCAUUUCACACAUUUAAAAAUUGUGCAUCUGCUGUAUAGUCAAGAGGGCAGACUUGGUGCUAAAUUAUUCUAUUAUCUGUUUUCACCUUCCCAGUUCUGACUCACAAGCCCAGAUGAAAAAGGCGUAGUGAGUUUACUGUGACAAUUUCUCAGGAAUGUUCGCCUCAGUCCCUUGUUUCCUUGUACUGUUGAGUGUUAUAGGUCAAGCCUUUUCUCUCCCCUGUCACCUCUGUUUACUAAUGAUUCACUAAAUAAUUGAACAUGACUCAUAUUUGUAUUGUAUGUGAUUUUCCAAAGGACAUUUGUGUAAUACAAAGGUUUAAUAUUAUGCAGUGUGCACUUGACUGUUACAUAACUCACUUAAGGGUGUUGUGUUUGUGACAAAGUGUGGGUGUGCAGUAAGAGUAAGAAAAGACAUGAAAUGCGUAAGUGUUGUGACGGCUUAAGUGUUGGACGUGUAAAUAGUGUCUGAAUGUUUGUUCAAAGGUUUGGUUUGGAGAACACUCCUCUAGACUUCAUGUCACGAAUAAAUGAUAAGU